AUGGGCCACGUGCCUCACAUUAGAAGGCGACCCAAUUUCCAUUCUCCGACCGUCGGCCCCAAUUGCGGCGGCCCUUUUGCACCCCACAAAGGAUCUCCUGAAAAUGGCCACCAAAAGCUCCAAGACAGAAAUUUGAUCCACUUCGAACAACUUUCCUAUAUUCGGGCUCGAAAAUUUUCUGAAGCAAUAAAAAUCGGAGGCAGCGCUAACGAAAGGCUCGCUGUCUGCAGCUGCAGCAGUCUGCCGUGGAAUGUUUUCGAUGAUGAUGGAUUUGGUGAAAGAUCUAUUCUUUGUGAUCUCAAGCAUGAAAAAUCCACAUACACCCGAAUAAGGAGGCCUCCUAGGAACUUUUCGGGCUCGAACUCAACCGGCAGCCCGAGAAAGCCAGUAAACCUGUCGAAGGUAACAUGGGCCACAUGCCUCACAUUAGAAGGCGACCCGAUCUCCAUUCUGCGACCGUCAGCCCCAAAUUGCGGCGGCCCUUUUGCACCCCACGGAGGAUCUGGCAAAAGCUCCAAGAUUGUGAGAAUGGAAUUGGGAAGGAUGUUGACUGUGGGAGACGGAAGGUGUCACGUCAAGAAGACACCAAAAGACACAGCUUCUAAUUGGGCCAUUGGGCUAGUUAUCUAA